GUCCAGUGGAAUCCCGAUAACGUAACGCUGAAGAGUACCAGAAGCGCUAUCAUUUAACCUAAUUCCAAAUGGCUUGAUUUUGUUAGUGCAACUUGUAACUCCAAGGUUAUCGUGAAUUUCAAAUCAUUAAUUGACAGCAUAGCGAUGGGAUCGUAUCAUCGUAUCCCCAACAUUCGACCUUUUGCGUUGUUUUUGGCUUCCGGUUUAGAGCAAUAGUCCCAACCUUAACGCUCUGAUACUUUGAUAACUUAUAUUUUAUUUUUGUUUCUUUGCUGGUCUCCGACAAACGGUGGGAAAGUCUUGCGAGUUAGUCCCUCGCUCUGGCGGUUGGAGUCUUUCAUACACAUGCCUUCUUCUUCUCUCUCCUGCUGGUGAUGCCCUUGCCAGGCAUGGGCAGUUGGAUGUUGGCCAUCUCGCACCGCUCAACGAAUCAUGAUCAUGGCCUCCCUCGCCCACACUCCAGGCCAAUCCUGCUGUUCGUAUUGCUGCUGUCAUGGCUGAGUUUGGUAGAGUCGAUGCGCCCCGGUCGCAUCGCCGAGUUGAGGCGCGACACGGUCGAUAUGUUUUAUCACGGAUUCGAUAAUUAUAUGAACAUUGCGUUUCCCGAAGAUGAGUUGCGGCCCGUGUCUUGCACUCCCUUAACUCGAGAUCCCCUCAAUCCUAGGAACAUAGCGCUUAAUGAUGUCCUCGGCAAUUACUCCCUGACCCUGAUCGACAGCCUUUCCUCUCUCGCAAUCCUUGCCUCCGCGCCCCCCGAAGAUGGAGAUACAGGUCCCAAAGCCCUACGCGAUUUCCAAGACGGCGUUGCUGCCUUAGUUGCACAGUACGGCGAUGGGCGGCCCGGCCCGUCCGGCCAGGGCGCCCGCGCUCGUGGGUUUGACGUCGAUAGCAAGGUCCAGGUCUUCGAGACCGUGAUAAGGGGUGUUGGUGGAUUGCUUAGUGCCCACCUCUUCGCUGUUGGUGACUUGCCUAUUUCCGGGUAUGAGCCACGGAGACCAACCGAUGACGAUGACGACCUAGAAAAGCAUCCUCUCCCCUGGCCCAACGGGUUUAAAUAUGACGGGCAACUGCUACGACUUUCUCUCGACCUCGCCCAACGCUUGCUUCCGGCUUUCUAUACUCAGACCGGGUUGCCCUAUCCACGUGUUAAUCUCCGCCAUGGGAUACCGUUCUAUGUAAAUUCGCCGCUCCAUAACAACGCUAAUGUGGAUCCUAAGCCACCUGAAGACUCGCCAGAAAUCACUGAAACUUGCAGUGCUGGAGCAGGCAGUUUGGUUCUCGAGUUUACCGUGUUGAGCCGCCUCACUGGAGACCCAAGAUUCGAGCAAGCGGCCAAGAGGGCAUUCUGGGCCGUCUGGUCAAGAAGAAGCAAUAUUGGGCUGAUUGGUGCUGGUGUAGAUGCCGAAGAGGGACAUUGGAUUGGGGGUUUCUCUGGGAUUGGUGCGGGUAUUGAUAGCUUCUUUGAAUAUGCUCUCAAGACCCAUAUCCUGCUAUCAGGUCAUGAGCUCCCCAAUCGAACAAUACCGCAGGUUCCUGAUGGGGACUGGCUCGACCCUAAUCAAAUCUACAAUCCCCUUUCAGAUGAGGAUAAUUCCCCUGAUUCUUUCCUGUCAGCGUGGCACCAUGCACAUGCUGCUAUUAAACGGCAUCUUUAUUCAGGAUUGCAUCAUCCGCACUACGUAAAUGCGCACAUGUCGACCGGCUCGCCACAAGCAUACUGGAUAGAUAGUUUAGGUGCGUAUUACUCGGGCCUAUUAGCGCUUGCUGGGGAACUUGACGAAGCCAUCGAGACGCACCUCGUAUACUCAGCUCUAUGGACUCGGUACUCUGCCCUUCCGGAGCGAUGGUCCGUCCGCGAUGGCAAUGUCGAGGGCGGUCUCGGAUGGUGGCCUGGCCGACCAGAAUUUAUCGAAUCUACCUACCACCUGUAUCGUGCUACUCAAGACCCCUGGUACCUUUACGUUGGCGAAAUGGUCUUAAAAGAUAUCAACAGGCGAUGUUGGACGAAAUGUGGGUGGUCUGGUUUGCAGGAUGUGCGCACUGGAGAGAAGAGCGAUCGCAUGGAGAGUUUCUUUCUUGGGGAAACUGCCAAGUACCUAUAUCUACUCUUUGACCCAGAUCAUCCCCUAAACAAGCUUGAUGCUUCGUAUGUGUUCACUACAGAGGGACAUCCCCUGAUCAUCCCCCGAAAGAAGAAAACCAGUCCCCAAGUUCACAAGUCAUCGUCAGAGAGGGCUGUCCAGAGCUAUUACGAUGCCCAUUUUACCAAUACGUGUCCUCGUCCCCCCGUCCUUCCCCCAUUAUCCGGCUCUGCUACUGCCGCGAGGCCAGACCUUUACAAUGCUGCGACCCUAAUUCGACUUCAUCAAGUACCUAACAUUCACGGUGGGUUGAAAGACCCAGUCGCCAAACUGGGCGGUUCUAAAUCACAGACAAGACUUUCAGAGAAGCCGAUAGAAAACUAUACUUACUUCCCUUGGACAUUGCCGAGCUACAUGCUUCCAACCGACGGAAUCUGCGCUGUGUCAAAACAAUCUCAGACAACCGUAAUCGAAUUCGCUUCCAACGGCCAACAAACUAUGGGCAGCGCUUUCAAUAUCAUGUUCGGCGGGCAUAACCUUGUCCGUAUGGGGAGCGACGGUAUCGCGAUCAAUAGUCUCACCGGACUAAAGAUAGCUUUGCUCGUAGAAGAUCCCCCGGAGACAUCCGAGCGGGCCUGGAGGGUUUACAGCAUUGGAAACUUAGCAUUGGGACGAGAUGAAAAGGUUCUGAUCUCUCGCGAUGUCCUUGAACACAUGUCGGACCCUCUAUUCCAUCGUGUUCGCGACUCCGUCCUCGUCGACGUUAUCUUGCAGCUUGAGCCUCCACAAGCUCCAGGAAUUCAUAAUGCAACAUCUGCGGAUGGGGAAGCCACCCUCGAGACUGAACCUGCUGUUGAGCUCGAUGGCGAGACUACCGUCGAUAGUCCCAAUUUGUUCAGCUCUUUUCUGCAGCAGAUUACGUCUGCUCUGCGGGAACCUGUCACUACUUUCAGGCCUGAACCAGUACGGAAGCCGGAUUAUAAGUAUGUCGAGCUGCCCGGGAUUACCCCAGUAGGGGUGGGUGCUGCUCCCUUACCCGACAUCCGCGAAGCUCCCAACCCGAACACGACUCCGUAUAUCGAGUCCCUAUCCUGGAAACGCAUCUUCUUCGCCGACCAAGCCUGCGGUGGUAGGCUCCCCGACGAAGCGCCGAGGGCGCACCAAGUAAUCGUGAUGCGGCGGGGCGGAUGCUCGUUCUCAGAGAAGCUGGCCAACAUACCGUCGUUCGCGCCGAGCCGCAGCGCGUUGCAACUCGUGGUCAUCGUGUCGGACGAUAAAGACGCACUAGACGAAAACAAGGACGACCCAUGGGGCUUCAACUUCAUCCGACCACUGCUCGACGAGCCGCAGCGCACCCCCUCGGGAUUCCCCCGACACCAUCCCAUCGCCAUGCUGAUGACGGGAGGUGGGCAGGAGGCGUACGAGUUGUUGCGGAAGACGAGGAGCAUAGGUCUGCGGAGGAGAUACCAUGUUGAGAGCCAGGGGCUCAAGAUUAGCAAUAUCGUUGUGGUUUGAGUAGCAAUAGCAGAUAGAAAGUGAGGAUAGAUGAUAGAUAGAUGGGUACGAAGUUACGAUGAUUGGACAGGAAAAGGCAUGGUGUUUGUUGUUCGAGAGGGCGGUAUAUAAAAAAGAAACUACCUAGUGUACAUAUUUGAACGGACAUGGAGCAUAGCGAUGAGAAUUUACAAAGCGAUAUUCAGGUUUGAUCAUUUAUUUUCUAUCCUAAGCUGAAGUCAUAAGCUAGGUAGGUAGGUAGGUAGGUAGUCACAGUACAUUUAUCGCUUAAGUCCGGGAAUUAAAACAACAAAAGUUCAAUGUUCAAUAUAUGCCAGAUGAGAGAUAAUAAAUCCGCCAGUUAGGUGACAGCUACAUGAGGUAGUCUAAGCAACAAGACGGUAGCCUACCUAUAUAAAAAGAAAACCAACUCAAAAAGAAAAAAAGAAAGAAAAAAAUGCGGUAUAAGAGGAAUCUAACCUCUUAACG